AUGGCUGAGGCCGUAGGGCUUGUCGCGAGUAUCAUCGCCAUCGUCGAGCUCUCCGCCAAAGUCGGCAAACUCUGCGUCCAGUAUUCAACGGCUGCUGGAAAUGCCAGGGCUGACAUUACCCGACUCCAGGGUCGGCUGAAAGACCUGAACGUAUGCCUUGAAGCGGCUCAGCGACUUCUCGAUGACCCGAAGAAUACGGCGUUUGCGACAUCUCGGUCUCUGGUUAAUUCGCUUAAUGCAUGCGAGACAGAACUAGCAGAAGUCUGGGAUAGACUCGAUCCCGGGAGUGCGCGGAAGGCCAUGCGCCGAUUUGGACUCCGCGCGCUUAAGUGGCCGUUCGAGAGCAAGGAGAUAAGCACGGUUAUAUCAAAUAUUGAGCACUACAAGCAGACUAUCACUCUAUGUCUGCAAGUCGAUCAAACCACAAUACUACUCGACGUGUCGCAGCGGGUAGAGAAUUUGUCACUACAACAGCAGAGCACGCCGUCGGUAGCUCGCCCGCCAUGUUUUAAUGUUCCCUUCGAUCGAGAUCAAGACUUCGUCGCACGUCCCGAUAUGACGGCGUGGCUCAGAGACAAGUACAGCGGCUCUACUGGCCGCAUGGCUCUUGUAGGCAUGGGAGGGUUUGGCAAAUCACAGGUUGCCAUUAAUUUCGCAUAUUCUGUCAACGAUGAGGAUUCUGAUGUCAAUAUAUUCUGGGUCCAUGCAAGUUCAAGACCCAGAUUCGAAGAAGCAUACCGCGCUAUAGCGGAGAGAAUGAAACUGCCCAAGCGAGAUGAGCCAAGCACGGACAUCCUCGCUCUUGUUCGCGACUGGCUGCAAAACGAUGAGUCGGGUCGUUGGCUUAUGAUUAUAGACAAUGCCGAUGACAUCAAACUCUUCUACCCCAAAGGCCCAGACGAGCGUGUUUUGGCAUCGUUCCUACCGAAGUGCAACAAUGGCACCAUCUUGGUCACAUCUCGCAGCCUAGAUGCUGCAGAAAGACUGACCGGCAGUCACAGGAAUAUCUUUCAAGUGUCUACCAUGGAUGAGGCCCAAGGCCUACAUCUUAUCAGAAACAAACUCACGGCCAACUUCGGGAAUGACGCUGCUGUCAAGCUUCUUGAGGCUUUGGAUUACAUUCCCCUGGCUAUCACUCAAGCUGCAGCCUACAUCAACCGACGGGCACCCCGAGAAUCGGUCGAAAGCUACUUGAAAGCAUUCCAAGAAAGUGAUCAGAAGAGGAACAGCCUGUUGGAGAUCGAUCUUGGUGAUCUUCGCAGAGACGAGACUGUUUCUAACUCUGUGAUCACUACUUGGCAAGUUACAUUUGAGAAGAUUCGCCACGAAAGGCCGUCAGCAGCCGAUCUCUUGUCAUUCAUGAGUCUUUUCGAUCACAAAGGAAUUCCAGAAUUCGCCCUUCAAUACUACAAUGGCAAGCUGAAACAUCGGAAAGACAAAGCAGUUGGUUUCGAAGAUGAUCUAGACUUGCUUCGCAGCUAUUCGCUUGUUUCUGUGACUGCCAAUCGAAACGUUUUCGAGUUGCACGCGACGGUGCAGGCUUGCACCAGAGCCUGGACCUCAUCUUCGGACAAGUUGCCGCAAUUGAAGAGCCUUUUCAUAUACUCCAUGCGUGACAAUUUCAGUCCUUACGAAUUUGAAAACUGGCCUACAUGCCAGAUGCUGCUGCCGCACUUGGGGUCUGUGAUACAGGAAGAGCCGCAUAUGGAUGAUGUCGAACCGUGGGCAAAGCUAUUAUGUCUAUAUACAAGAUAUUUGCUUAGUGCUGGCAAGUACAAAGCAGCAGAGGAGAUCAGCAAGAAAGCGAUUACAGCAGCUUUGCCAAGUCUUGGGGAAGACCAUACGACUAUGCAGAGAUGCUUUAGAGAGUUGGCUUCGGCCUAUAGGAGGCUAAAAAAGCUGAGUGAAGCUGAAAGUAUCCAGCUUCAGCUAGUUGACACCAGCAAGAAGAUUUGGGGAGAGGAGCAUGAGCGGACCCUUAGCCGUAUGAACGGUCUGGCGCUCAUCUAUCAAUAUCAGCAUCGAUAUGCCGAGGCUGAAGGACUUCUCGUUCGGACAUUGAAAAUCGCACAAAGGAUCCAUGAAGAUAAACAUCGAGAUGUCCUCAUAGCAAAAGCUAAUCUGGCAUUAACAUAUUUGAACCAGUACCAAUAUGAUAAGGCGAAAGAGGUAGUAAUACAAGUGUUAGAGGAACAAAAGAUAGUGUUGGGUCCAGAGCACCCAGAUACGCUGGCGACCAUGAGUAACCUGGCUCGGAUAUACUGGGAACAAGGAGAAUUUGAAAAAGCAAUUGAGCUCCAGCAACAAGUGCUGGUAAUGAGAAGAAGGGUGCUGGGGGAACAUCAUCCGAGGACACUAAGUAGCAUGAAGCAAGGCGCCGAAAUUUUGAAGGAUAUGGGUCAACACAAAAAUGCACUAUCGCUGAUGCAGACUUGUGUAGACCUUUAUACGGAGGUACAUGGUUCCGAGCAUCCAGUGACAAGAUCUGCAGUUAAGAGACUUGGGAGAUGGGAGGCAGAGAUAGGUGGCGUGUCAGAGCAGUGA